GCUGGCACAGAGUCAUCAGUCAACAUUCAGUAUUGCUCAAAAAACGAACAAAGUAAAAACAUUUUAUUAUUAAAUAUGAGAGCCUUUGUGUUAAUUUCGUGUUUGGCGAUCGCCGCGGCCAGACCUGAAGCAGGAUAUUCGUAUAGUCGACCAUCCGGUGGUAGUUCGGGUGGUGGACAUAGCAGUGGUGGAUUUAGUGGUGUUAGUGGUGGAUCGAAUUUCGGUAGCUCCGGAUUCGGAUCAAGUGGUGGACAUUCAGGUGGAUUCUCCGGCGGUUCGUCCGGAGGAUUCUCUGGUGGCUCAUCCGGUGGAUUCGGCGGUGUCUCAUCCGGAGGAUUCGGUGGAUUCGGCGGUGGAGCUUCGUCAGGCGGAUUCGGUGGUGCAUCUUCGGGUGGAUUCGGAGGAUCAGGAUUCGGUGGAAGUUAUAGUAGCGGUGGAUCAGCAAUCGUUCAAAAACAUAUCUACGUCCAUGUUCCCCCACCAGAGCCAGAGGAAAUCCGUCCACAAAGACCAAUUCCAGUAGGACAGGCCCAGAAGCAUUACAAAAUUAUCUUCAUCAAAGCCCCAUCACCUCCAUCUUACCAAGCUCCUCAAAUCCCACUUCAACCCCAAAAUGAAGAGAAAACUUUGGUCUACGUUUUGGUCAAGAAACCCGAAGAACAACAAGACAUUGUUAUCCCAACCCAAGCACCCACCCAACCCAGCAAACCAGAAGUCUACUUCAUCAAAUACAAGACCCAAAAGGAAGGUGGAUCAAUUGGCGGUGGAAUCGGCGGAGGAAUCGGCGGUGGAAUCGGUGGAGGAAUCGGCGGUGGAAUCGGCGGUGGAAUCGGCGGUGGACACAGCAGCGACAUUGGAGGUGGACACAGCGCUGGAGGUGACAUUGGCAGCAUUGGAGGAUCUGGCUCCGGUAUUGAUUUCGGAUCAUCUCACGGAAGCUCAGGACCAUCAGCUCAAUACGGCCCACCCGGCAAAUCUGGACCAUACUAAACCAAUGACUUUCCUACCUAGUCCUAUUCUAAACUAUCUGUUGUAUAUAAUUGUUUUUUAUGUUAGCUCUAAGUAUAAUGUGACAGUUUUGCAAUAAAAGAACGGUGACAAAAUUUAAA